UGACACUGUGACACCCUGAGAGCGCGUGUCAUUUAUUGUGUGACAAAGAAUGCCACAUACCCCAACCGAGGAGCAGGAUACAGAGGUUAAUGUCUACACUCCCUGUAGUGAGAAAGGAAAGGACGGUGCCAGGAGAGAGGCGAAUGUACCUUUGGGCAGAGGAGAGAUGCAGGCGGUGAGAGAAGGAAGAGCCAGUGUUGGAGAACAGAAUGAAGAGAUGCAGAGUUUAGAUGGGAGCGACCCACCAGGGGUGGACGGCGACAAAGGGGAACAAGGGCUUGAGGAGGAGAGAGAGCGCCUGCGCAGGGAGAUCUGCAGGGAGCUGAAGAUUAAGGAUGGAGCAGAGAGACUGCGGAGAGCUACCACUGAGCGAAAGAACCUUGGUCAUGUGGAGACCAUGCUAAGAACAUGUGAGAGAAGACUAGAUAACUUGAGACAAGAACUGGAAGGACUUGAUGCUUGUCCAACGCCCAGCCCAGGUGGCAUUACCCCCUUUAGUGUCCUCUGCCAAGACAAGCAAUCUCGUAUCUCGAGAUUAGAGCGUCAACUGGGCAUUGAGAUGAGAGUGAGACAGGGAGCUGAGAAUAUGAUUCAGAUGUAUAGUAACGGUUCAGUCAAGGAUAAGAAGCUGCUCUCAGCUGCUCAACAGAUGUUAUCAGAUAGCGACAAAAAAAGCCACAUUCUACGCACACAGAUCCGCAGAGCUUCCCAGGAGACUGGGGCAGGCAUGUCGGAGUUAUCUCACACUGAGUUCCGUAUUGAGGAGCUGAGACACCACUACCGGGUGGAGAGGGCUGUGGCUGAGGGAGCAGAGAAUGCCCUGAGAAUGCUGGGCGGUGUUAAGGCACAGGACAAGAGUGCUGUGAACGAGGUGCAGGCUCGCCUUUUAGAGUCCCGGCAGAGGCUGGAUCUGCUGACGCUAUCUCUUCAGAAGUGUCUUGAAGACUUACCUCAUGACCACCCUAAAAGAUGUCUCUUGCGAGAGGAGCUGGCUAUGUGCGACUCUCCAACAAGACUCGGUCCUCCCUCACUUGCCUCUCCUCAUGGCACUCUCACCAAAUCUGCCCCCCUCACAGGUGUAUUACAGGUUCGGCUUUUGGGCUGUACAGAUUUGUUAGACACUGUCCCUGGGCGCACACGGACCUCACCUGCCUGGUUACCCGGAAACAGCCCCUCGGAAGGGAAGAGCUUGAUUGCACGUAGCGCGCGGAGCAUGUAUUCACGUACAACAAGUCUGAAUCGCAGUGAAGAACUGUCAAGUGAGAUCAGUGUCGUCCUGCGGCUGGAUAACGUUGUGGUCUGCCAGACUUCUUGGAAGACUGAGGGACGAGACACAUGGGAUCAGGAUUUCAAACUACAACUGGAGAGGGCGCGGGAGCUGCAGGUCUCUGUGUACAGAAGAGAUUUUCGCUCUCUUUGUGCCAUCAAGUAUGUAAAGUUAGAAGAAUUUCUAGAUGACCAGAGGAAUGAAACAUAUCUGGAACUGGAACCGCAGGGAAACCUUCUGUGUAAGGUAGCAUUUUAUAACCCGGUGAUUGAAAGAUUUUCUAAACUGCGCCGACAGAAGAAGAUUUUUUCCAAAGAACAAGGCAGAGGCUUUCUCCGCGCCCGACAGAUGAACAUUGACCCUUUAACGUGGCUUCGCAUUGUCCGCAGAGCAAUCCCUGCCAGUUCUGGAUCAUACAGUCCCACUGAACGUGGAGCAGAACUGCACCUUGAUUCCCUAACACUGGAACCAAGUCCGGAAGUCCAAGACGAGGUAGAUCAACCAGUGAUAAAGCAAAGUCCAGCUACAAGGAAGGACAGCCAGAGAAGAGCGCACAGUGUCUCUCGGCUGUCUCUAGAAGACUUCAGGCUACUGGCCGUGUUGGGCAGGGGGCACUUUGGAAAGGUCCUACUAUCCGAGUACAAAUCAACUGGAGAAUAUUUUGCCAUUAAAGCUUUAAAGAAAGGUGAUAUCAUUGCCAGGGACGAGGUUGAGAGUCUCAUGUGUGAAAAGCGGGUGUUCGUGGCAGUGAGUGGAGCAUGCCAUCCCUUCCUGCUCAGCCUGCUUGGCUGCUUCCAGACCCCAGAGCACGUCUGCUUUGUUAUGGACUACAUGGCCGGUGGAGACCUAAUGACUCACAUACACACAGAGGUGUUCAGCCAGGCUCGGGCAAUGUUCUAUGCUGCCUGCGUUCUACUGGGGCUUCAGUUCCUGCACAGCAAGGACAUUGUAUACAGGGAUUUAAAACUGGAUAACCUGUUGCUGGACUCAGAAGGAUAUGUGAAGUUGGCGGAUUAUGGAUUGUGUAAAGAAGGGAUGGGACCAUCUGAUCGUACAUCCACAUUCUGUGGGACCCCUGAGUUUCUAGCUCCUGAGGUUCUUACAGAUGCCUCCUAUACCCGUGCAGUGGAUUGGUGGGGCUUUGGUGUCCUGAUUUAUGAGAUGAUGGUUGGAGAGUCUCCAUUCCCAGGGGAUGAAGAGGAGGAGGUGUUUGACAGUAUUGUUAAUGAUGAAGUCCGAUAUCCACGAUUCCUCUCUGCAGAAUCCAUCGCAAUCAUGAGAAGGCUUUUGCGCAGGAAUCCGGAGAGGCGCCUGGGGUCAGGAGAGCGGGAUGCUGAGGAUGUGAAGAAGCAGCCGUUCUUUAAGGACCUGGAUUUCAAAGCCCUCCUGGCCCGCGCCCUACCUCCUCCUUUUACCCCAUCUGUGAAAGGACCACAUGAUAUCAGUAACUUUGAUCCUGAAUUCACAGCUGAAGGACCAGAGCUAACACCUCCCCGGGAACCCCGAACUUUAAACCCCCCAGAACAGAGCUUAUUUCAGGGCUUUGACUACGUGCGAGAAGAGGUGUAAGAAUGUGUGAUGUCUGCUGGUGUGGAUUCUCUUUAUUUCAGCUUUCAUCAUAUUUUCUUCUUUUUUUUUAUAUAUCUGCUGUUCCUCCUACAUCCUAUUCUCUUUCUGUCUCUACCUCAGGCAAUUAUUGUAAAUAAAGAUCUUUAUUAA